AUGGCCACCGUAGUGGUGGAAGUGGACUCGGAGCCCUCCUGCAGCAUCCCCAACCCGACCUCCACCUCGCCCAGUCUCUCCCACCGCUUCCUAGACAGCAAGUUUUACCUGCUGGUGGUCAUCGGCGAGCUGGUGACCGAGGAGCACCUGCGGCGGGCCAUCACCGAUAUCGAGCGAGGAAUCCGAUCAUGGGACACAAACUUGGUCGAAUGCAACUUGGAUCAAGAACUGAAACUUUUUGUUUCUCGCCAUUCAGCUCGAUUCUCUCCUGAAGUUCGAGGUCAGAAGAUUCUUCACCACAGAAGUGAUGUCUUAGAAACUGUAGUCCUCAUCAAUCCCUCAGAUGAAGCAGUUAGUACUGAGGUGCGCUUAAUGAUCACAGAUGCUGCAAGGCACAAGCUCCUUGUUCUAACUGGCCAGUGCUUUGAAAACACAGGAGAGCUCAUUCUUCAGUCAGGGUCCUUCUCCUUCCAGAACUUCAUUGAGAUUUUCACGGAUCAAGAGAUUGGUGAAUUGUUGAGCACCACACAUCCUGCCAACAAAGCCAGCCUAACUCUUUUCUGCCCUGAGGAAGGGGACUGGAAAAAUUCCAACCUUGACAGACACAACCUUCAAGACUUCAUUAAUAUUAAACUCAACUCAGCUUCCAUAUUGCCUGAGAUGGAAGGACUCUCUGAAUUCACAGAGUAUCUGUCAGAAUCAGUAGAAGUGCCAUCACCUUUCGACAUUUUGGAACCUCCAACCUCAGGAGGUUUCUUGAAGCUCUCCAAACCCUGCUGUUACAUUUUCCCAGGGGGAAGAGGGGACUCUGCAUUGUUCGCAGUGAAUGGAUUCAAUAUGCUUAUCAAUGGAGGAUCUGAAAGAAAAUCUUGUUUUUGGAAACUUAUCCGGCACUUGGACAGGGUGGAUUCUAUUCUGCUCACUCACAUCGGAGAUGACAAUCUGCCAGGAAUCAAUAGCAUGCUUCAGCGAAAGAUAGCUGAACUAGAAGAGGAACAGUCUCAAGGGUCUACUACCAACAGUGACUGGAUGAAAAAUCUGAUCUCACCUGAUUUAGGAGUUGUGUUCCUUAAUGUACCUGAGAACCUGAAGAACCUGGAUCCUAAUUUUAGAGUAAAAAGGAGUGUGGAAGAAGCUUGUUUUACUCUCCAAUAUUUAAAUAAAUUGUCUAUGAAACCAGAACCUCUUUUCAGAAAUACAGGAAAUACCAUUGACCCUAUAAUUUUAUUUCAGAAAAUGGGAGUUGGCAAACUUGAGAUGUAUGUGCUUAAUCCUGUCAAAAAUAGCAAAGAAAUGCAAUAUUUUAUGCAGCAGUGGAGUGGUACUAACAAAGAUAAAGCUGAAUUCCUGCUACCAAAUGGCCAAGAGCUAGACAUUCCAUUAUCCUAUUUCACCUCUGUCUCGUCCCUGAUUGUGUGGCAUCCAGCUAAUCCUGCAGAAAAAAUAAUCAGAGUUCUGUUUCCUGGAAACAGCACCCAGUAUAAUAUUCUAGAGGGACUAGAAAAACUCAAACAUUUAGACUUCCUUAAACAGCCAAUGGUUACACAAAAAGACCUAACUGGGAACAUUGCUAGUCCAGCUGUGAAACAAGCGAAAUUGAAACAACGAACAGAUAGCAAGGAGAGUCUGAAGCCUGCUGCAAAGACACCACCAAGUAAGCCUGUCAGAAAGGAAUCUAAAGAAGAAACACCAGAGCCUGUGAAGCCAAGUCCAGUACCAGAAAAGCCUCAGAAGCUGGAAAGCAAAGAAAAAGUUCCAGUUAAAAAAGAAAAACCAGCAAAAGUAGAGACCAAACCAAUAGUGGUGGAAAAAGACAUAGCAAGUAAGGAAGAACAACUAGUGAAAUCUGAAAAUCCUGAAAAACAAAGUACAGAUGUAAAACCAAAACUGUCGAAGGAGAAGACAGUGAAAAAGGAAGUCAAACCAAAACCUGAAGAAAAGAAGGAGGACAAAGAAAAACCAAAGAAAGAGGUUUCUAAAAGAGAAGAGAAAACACCCAUCAAAAAAGAGGAAAAACCAAAAAAAGAAGAGAUCAAGAAAGAAGUUAAGAAAGAGGUGAAAAAGGAAGACAAGAAGGAAGCUAAAAAGGAAAUAAAGAAAGAAGCUUCAACAAAAGAAGCUAAAAAAGAAGCUAAAAAAGAAGAGAAGAAGGAGAUCAAGAAGGAAGACAAAGAAGCCAAAAAGGACAUCAAGAAGGUUCCUAAAGAAACAAAGAAGACAGCUACUCCUUCAAAUGAAGCCAAAAAGCCAGCAGCAAAGCCUAAACCACAAAAGAAGGAGGAACCUGCUAAAAAAGAAGCAAUACCUGCUGGAAAGCCAAAGGAAAAAGGAAAAGUUAAAAGUGUGAAGAAGGACCUCAAAGUCAGUGGAGCACAAGCUGCCCUUGCAGCAGUUGGAGCCACAACUGUAGCAGCUGCAGAAAUUACAGCCGGUGGAAAGGAGCUUGAGGCAGAAAGAUCCCUUAUGUCUUCACCAGAGGAUUUAACAAAGGAUUUUGAGGAAUUAAAAGCUGAAGAAGUAGAAACAAUAAAAGAAACAAAAUCUGAAGUUGCACUUAUAAAGGAUGAUCUGAAGCUCACUGGCACAGUACAAAAAGACACCUUUGAAGUACAAAAAGAAAAACUGGAUAAUGAAGGACCUGCUGAGUCAUCUGAUGAAGGCAUAACAACCACAGAGGCUGAGGGUGAGUGUGAACAGACACCUGAAGAAUUGGAACCUGUGGGAAAACACAAGGUUGAUGACAAUGAAAAGUUUGAAGAUGAGGGAACUGGCUUGGAAGAAUCAUCUGAAGCAGAUUAUGAAGAAAAGGCAGAAACAGAAGAAGCUGAAGAACGAGAUGAAAAUGAAGUAGAAAAAACACAACUGGAUGCCACAAAACCAUAUGUGGAAGAAUCAAGAAAAAUUCCAGGUGGCUCAGAAAAAGUAAUGACUCAAGUAGAUACUAACAUUAAAGAUGAAAAUUAUAUUGAAAAGGCAGAUUAUGAGGCAUCUGAUGAACGAGCUGAAGAAGACAGGGAAGAAGCGAUAGAAAAGGCAGAAACUGAAGAGACUGAAGAAGAUGAGGAAGACAAAGCAGAAGACAUCAGAGAUGAAGAAGAAACUGAAAAAACAGAAGCUGAAGAAGAUUACGUGAUGGCUGUGGUAGACAAAGCUGCAGAAUCUGGUGAAACUGAGGAUAAGUAUGGCCUACUCAUAAUUACACCAACCAAACGCUCAGAGUCUCAGUCUCCUGUGAUUGAACCAGCUUCUUCUAUCCAUGAUGAGACACUGCCUGGUGGUUCAGAAAGUGAAGCCACUGUUUCUGAUGAAGAAAAUAGAGAAGAUCAACCUGAGGAAUUCACUGCUACUUCAGGUUACACACAGUCCACCAUUGAAAUAUCCAGUGAACCAACUCCAAUGGAUGAAAUGUCAACACCCCGAGAUGUUAUGAGUGAUGAAACUAACAAUGAGGAAAGCGAGUCACCCUCUCAGGAGUAUGUGAACAUUACCAAGUAUGAGACAUCACUCUACUCUCAAGAGUUCAGCAGAGCUAAACUUUCUCCACUUCCAGAUGCUUUUAAUGGGUUAUCUGAAGGAUCCAAGACAGAGGCCACAGAAGGUAAGGAUUAUAAUGCCUCAGCUUCCACCAUCUCACCACCCUCUUCAUUAGAAGAAGACAAAUUCUGCAAAUCUGCAUUCCAAGAUGUAUACCGGCAAAGAGAAAGUGAAAUCCAAGGCACUGACAAAUUAGAAAUCAGAGAACCCUACCAAGAAGAUGGUGGAAAACAUAGUUCAGCCAAGAGUCCAGCUGACAGUUUGUCCCCUCCAUCGCCUGUUGCCAAAACACCACUGAGUGAACGUAGAGUGAACUUUUCACUCACUCCCAAUGAGAUCAAGGCUCCUUCUGAGUCUGUCCCUACUGCUAAAUUGCCUGAUGUACACCAAGAAGUUGCUGAAGAGCACUGCACGAGCCCUGAAGAUAAAACAUUAGAAGUAGCAUCUCCAUCACAGUCUGCUGCUGGUAGUGCUGGCCACACACCUUAUUAUCAGUCUCCCACUGAUGAAAAGUCCAGUCAGCUUCCCUCUGAAACCAGUGAAAAGUCAACAGAAGCCCCUGUUAGCUUUGAGUUCAGUGAAGACAAAGAUGAGUCUGCAAAAUGCAGAAUAAGCCCUAUGGAUGAGCCUGUGCCAGAUUCAGAAUCUCCCAUUGAAAAGGUUCUCUCACCUCUGCGGAGUCCUCCACUGAUAGGUUCAGAGACCGCUUACGAUACAUUUUUGAGCGCUGAUUUAAAGUCUCCCACCAGAGACUAUGGAAGUCCUUCUGAGGGGAAACCUGAAAAAGAAAAAUCACCUGUUCAGAUGAGCCCAGCUUCUGAAGCAAGCUCUGUGGGCCUCUUCCAAGAAAAACAAGAUGAAAAAAGCAUGGAGUUUAUGGUAAUUAAGGAAGGCUUCAGCCUGGAAAGGAAAAUGGAGGAUACAGAACCUAGCAGCUCCCAGUCUUCACUGGUCUUGGAUGAGCGGAAGUUAGCAGGUGAUCUCUCACCAACUCAAAUAGAUAUCAGUCAGUUUGGCUCUUUAAAAGAAGAUACUAAAAUGUCAAUUUCUGAAGGCACUGUCUCUGACAAGUCUGCAACUCCUGUUGAUGAGGUUGUUGCAGAAGACACCUAUUCCCAUAUAGAAGGAGUAGCUUCUGUCUCUACAGCAUCUGUUGCCACUAGUUCAUUUCCAGAACCAACUACUGAUGAUGUAUCUCCUUCCUUGCACGCUGAGGUUGGUUCUCCCCACUCUACUGAAGUUGAUGAUUCCCUUUCCGUGUCAGUUGUACAAACACCAACAACUUUUCAGGAAACAGAAAUGUCUCCAUCUAAAGAAGAGUGCCCAAGGCCUAUGUCAAUUUCUCCACCGGAUUUCUCACCUAAAACUGCAAAAUCAAGAACACCAGUGCUUGAUCACAGAUCUCCUGAGCAGUCAGCUAUGUCAGUAGAAUAUGGUCAGGAGUCACCUGAGCAGUCUUUAGCAAUGGAUUUUAGUAGGCAGUCUCCAGAAUAUCCUGCUCUAGGCACUAGUGUACACCAUAUCUCUGAAAACGGACCAACGGAAGUAGAUUAUAGCCCUUCAGAUACACAGGAGUCUCCUUUUGCGCAGAAGAUUUCACCUGUGGAACAGUCAUCUUACUCUCAAGAGAAAGAUAUUUCAGAAAUUAUUUCAGUUUCUCAAAUUGAAGCUUCAUCCUCAACUUCAUCAGCUCACACACCUUCCCAGGUAGCUUCACCACUGCCAGAGGAAGCUUUUUCAGGUGGUGUUACACCCAGAGAGAUGUCACUGCAUUCUUCUUUUACCUCAGAAAAGGUGCAGAGCCUGGGAGAAAAGCUGUCACCAAAAUCUGACCUGUCUCCACUAACUCCAAGGGAAUCUUCUCCCCUGUAUUCUCCUACUUUUCCAGAUUCACCUCCUGCAAUCACAGAAGCAGUGUCAGCUAGUCACACACCUCUGCUGUCACAAGUGUCUUCUGUCAAAGCCUUUGGUUGUCAGGAACCCCUAUCAAAGCACAGUCCAGAACCUUUACUCAGCCCAGAUAAAGAAGAUUCAGAGAAAAGCAGCAGGUCACCAGAAGAACUUAGUUAUUCAUAUGAGGCCAGAGAGAAAAGUACAAGGUCACCAGAGAAUAUCAGCUAUUCCUAUGAGGCAGUCGGAAAAUCUACUAGAUCACCUCAAGCCAUGGAUUAUUCCUAUGAGACAAGCAGAAAAACUACUAGGUCUCCUGAGACCACAGAUUAUUCCUAUGAGAUCACCAGGAACACUACUAGAUCACCCGAGGGUACAGACUAUUCAUACGAGAUAAUUGCAAAAAAUAUGGGGUCAUCUGAGGUCACAGAUUAUUCUUAUCAGAUAACAGGGAAAACCACCAGGUCACCAGGGGCCACAGAUUACUCCUAUGAGACAGCUGGGAAAACCACCAAAUCACCUGAAGCCACAGAUUAUUCCUAUGAGUUAACUGGGAAAGCUACCAGGUCACCCGAUACUAUGGAUUAUUCCUAUGAGACAACAAGGAAAGCCUCUAAGUCACCAGAAGCUGUUGGCUACUGCUAUGAGACAACUGGGAGAACCACCAGGUCAUCAGAGGCCAUGACUUACUCUUAUGAGACAACUGAGAAAGCCUCCAGUUCACCUGAAGCCACAGAUUACUCGUUUGAGACAACUGGGAGAGCUACCCCUGGGAGUAAAUUGUUAGCAGAAUCCCGUCAAGAUGUUGACUUAUGCCUUGUGUCUUCUUGUGAAUAUAAACAUCCCAAAACUGAACUUUCACCUUCAUUUAUCAACCCAAAUCCCCUUGAGUGGUUUGCAAGUGAAGAACAGUCUCAAGAUCAAGAGAAGCCACUAACUCAAUCUGGGGGAGCUCAGCCUCCUUCUGGGGGAAAGCCGCAAGCACGGCAGUGUGAUGAAACUCCUCCCACAUCUGUGAGCGAGUCUGCCCCAUCUCAGACCGAUUCGGAUGUUCCCCCGGAGACUGAGGAGUGCCCUUCCAUCACUGCAGAUGCUAACAUUGACUCAGAAGAUGAGUCAGAAACCAUUCCAACGGACAAGACAAUUACCUACAAACACAUUGACCCACCACCUGUCCCAAUGCAGGAUCGCAGCCCUUCCCCCAGGCACCCUGAUGUUACCAUGGUUGAUCCAGAGGCUCUGCCAGUUGAACAGAAUUUAGGUAAACCUUUGAAGAAGGACCUCAAAGAAAAGACAAAGACAAAAAAGCAGGGUACCAAGACCAAGUCAUCUUCUCCUGUUAAAAAAAGUGAUGGUAAAUCAAAACAAGUGGCUUCACCAAAGCCAGCUACAAAAGAAUCUUUAGACAAAAUUUCCAGAACAGCUUCUCCAAAAAAGAAGGAAUCUGUGGAGAAGGCAACCAAAAAUAUCUCUAAUCCAGAGCUGAAGUCUCGAGUGGAAGAGAAAGAUAAGGAUACCAAGAAUGCAGCAAAUACAACAACAUCCAAGUCGGCAAAGACUGCAACCACAGGACCUGGGAAUACUAAGGUGGCAAAAUCUACAGCAGUGCCUCCAGGACCUCCAGUGUAUUUGGAUAUGGUGUACAUUCCCAACCACAGCAACAGCAAGAAUGUUGAUGUUGAGUUUUUCAAGAGGGUGCGGUCAUCCUACUAUGUGGUGAGCGGGAAUGAUGCUGCGGCUGAGGAGCCAAGUAGGGCUGUUCUGGACUCCCUGCUGGAGGGCAAGGCGCAGUGGGAGAGUAACAUGCAGGUGACUUUAAUCCCAACCCAUGACUCAGAAGUGAUGAGGGAAUGGUAUCAAGAGACCCAUGAGAAACAGCAGGAUCUCAACAUCAUGGUUUUGGCAAGCAGCAGCACUGUUGUUAUGCAAGAUGAGUCUUUUCCUGCAUGCAAGAUUGAGCUGUAA